CGGCAGCGGCGCGCCCGAGCCCAUGCGCCGCCCCUGCUUCCGCCAUCGUGGGGCGCCGCGCGCAGCGCCAGGACCGCUCGCCCCCGCGCGAUGCUGGCGGUCCGUCUUCCCCUGCCGCCGCAAGGGGCGGCGGCGUGCCCCUGUACGGCGCGGCGCGGCGCCGGCGCGCUGGGCCGGGGCGUCGUCCUUGGGCUUGCCCUCCAUCCCCCCUCUAUCUCGUGACCUCCGCUGAGUCCCGCCUCUUGAGGGGCGGCAGCACCUUCUCCGCGGAUAUGUAUGAGAAGUAG